AUGAAGAAUAAUGACGACAUUCCAACACAUCUGAUUGAAAUUGGAACAACAGAGUGGCGACUCUGUCAUACUGCUAAGGAAGCACGUACAAAACGUGUCAAAUUCGUCGCCUUGAGUUACAGGUCACUAAAUGUACCAUUCAUACGUUCUUUAACGUCGACAGAACCCCAUUUUUUGAAGAGGCCAGAAAAUCUUUGCCCUCCCUCAACUCUUCCAGGAUGCAAUGGAAGUUGCUGUCUACCUAGGAGUUCGCCGGAAGAUUGGUCAUAUGAAAGUGCGAGAAUGACAAAUGUCUACGCCAACUCCUAUUGCACAAUUGCUGCUGCAGCUUCAGUAGAUCCUAACAAUAGCCUUUUCAAAGAGAGAAGCCUAGAGGACAUCCUACCAGGGAUUGCUGAAUGCAACACGACUCAAGGCAACGUCCCUGUCAUUGGGACUUUUGCCAUACUAGAAAGAGACUCAUGGGAUAGAGAAUUUAAGGCCUCUGUGCUUCAAUUACGCGGAUGGUGCUUUCAAGAACGAAUUCGUGCGCCCAGAACAAUCCACUUUGCCACUCCACAGCUCUUAUGGGAAUGCGAUGCCAUCCUCCAGAACGAAAUCUUUCGGAAUAAGUUUCCAUAUCCCAGGCUAGCACCAACUAUCCGCGUACCAUCCAUACGGCAGUCAGACCAAAAUGAGAACGACAUUCUCGCGAGUGGGAUUGUCUUCAAGGAAUGGGCGAAUAUAAUCGAAAGCUACAGCCGGUGUGCUUUGACUAAAGCGAAUGACAAGCUCGUUACCAUUUCAGGCUUGACAUCUCUCUAUCAUAAGAGAACUAACGAUAAUUACUUCGCCGAAAUAUGGCAAUAUAAUCUGCUCGUUUACUUGUUGUGGAUAUCUGGCCCCUCUCGCAACUGGGAAAGACCGUAUGGAGACUCUAUUGGAGCUAAUCCUGCGGAGAUAUUCAACCGAUGCACCAGUUCAUUCAUAUGUUCCACCUUCAUCUUCAUGGGCGAGCCAUGA